UGCACAUAAAGGCAAAGUUACGUCACUAAAACCGUACGACAUUGCUCUCGUUGAAGGGUACGAAAGCAGACAACUAACGAGAAAAUCCUUUAAAGAUGGUUUUCGAACAAACUAGUAUUUUAAGCGAUAAUUCUAUAUACAAGAAAUUAUUAGAAUAUAAAAAGAAUAAUGAAUCCAAGUUGUGUAUGCCUUCCAUGUUUAAAAACGAUCCCAAUAGAUUUGACAAAUACAGUAUUUGCUUGAAGACACCUGUUAAUGGAAAAAUACUUUUUGAUUUUUCAAAAAACCUUAUUGAUGAAGAAGUUUUAAAAUUGCUUUUACAGUUGGCUAAAGAUCGUAAAGUUGAAGAAGCAAGAGAUGCUAUGUUUUCUGGAGAAAAGAUCAACUUUACUGAAAAUCGUGCUGUUUUACAUAUAGCUCUUCGUAAUAGAAAAAAUUCACCAAUAAAUGUUAAUGGAAGUGACGUAAUGCCAGGAGUAAAUGCUGUUUUAAAGCAUAUGAGAGAAUUUACUGAUGCUAUUCGUUCAGGAAGUUGGAAAGGAUAUACAGGAAAGUCAAUUACAGAUAUCAUUAAUAUUGGAAUUGGAGGCUCAGAUUUGGGUCCUGUAAUGGUGACAGAAGCUUUAAGACAUUAUCGUGGUAAUGGACCAAAUGCACAUUUCAUUUCAAAUAUUGAUGGAACUCAUAUUGCAGAAACAUUGAAAAAAUUGAAUCCAGAAACAUGUUUGUUUAUCAUUGCUUCAAAAACAUUUACAACUCAAGAAACAAUAACAAAUGCUGAAUCAGCAAAAGAAUGGUUUUUAUCUCAUGCUAAAGAUCCUUCAGCAGUUGCAAAGCAUUUUGUGGCUCUUUCCACAAACGGACCAAAAGUGAAAGAAUUUGGUAUUGAUGAAAAGAAUAUGUUUGAAUUCUGGGAUUGGGUUGGUGGAAGAUAUUCUUUGUGGUCUGCAAUUGGCUUAUCUAUUUCACUCUUCAUUGGAAUGGAUAAUUUUGAAGAAUUAUUAUCUGGAGCUCAUUUUAUUGAUGAACAUUUUAAGACAGCAUCUCUUGAAAAAAAUCCAAAAGUGAAAGAAUUUGGUAUUGAUGAAAAGAAUAUGUUUGAAUUCUGGGAUUGGGUUGGUGGAAGAUAUUCUUUGUGGUCUGCAAUUGGCUUAUCUAUUUCACUCUUCAUUGGAAUGGAUAAUUUUGAAGAAUUAUUAUCUGGAGCUCAUUUUAUUGAUGAACAUUUUAAGACAGCAUCUCUUGAAAAAAAUGUUCCUGUUAUUAUGGCCCUUCUUGGUAUUUGGUAUCAUAAUAUUUUUGGAGCUGAGUCUCAUGCAUUACUUCCAUAUGAUCAGUAUUUACAUAGAUUUGCAGCAUAUUUUCAACAAGGUGAUAUGGAAUCCAAUGGAAAAUAUGUAACAAGAUCAGGUAUGCAAGUGAAUUACACUACAGGUCCAAUAGUUUGGGGUGAACCUGGUACAAAUGGACAACAUGCAUUUUAUCAAUUAAUUCAUCAAGGUACAAGAUUAAUACCAUGUGAUUUUAUUGCACCUGUGAAAUCUCAUAACCCACUUCGUAAUAAUCUUCAUCAUGAGGUAAUCAUUGUAUUUUUAUUUGAUUUAAUAUAUAUAGUUUCUUUAAACUCUCAUAUCAAAAUAAAACCAUCUAUUAUCAUCACUUUCAAUUAUACUGAGUAUGUUCCUGUUAUUAUGGCCCUUCUUGGUAUUUGGUAUCAUAAUAUUUUUGGAGCUGAGUCUCAUGCAUUACUUCCAUAUGAUCAGUAUUUACAUAGAUUUGCAGCAUAUUUUCAACAAGGUGAUAUGGAAUCCAAUGGAAAAUAUGUAACAAGAUCAGGUAUGCAAGUGAAUUACACUACAGGUCCAAUAGUUUGGGGUGAACCUGGUACAAAUGGACAACAUGCAUUUUAUCAAUUAAUUCAUCAAGUAUUAUUUGCAUUAAAAAUGGGGCUCCAUUGGACUUCAGUAUUUUUAGGAAACAAACCAACAAAUUCAAUUUUGGUUGAUAAAAUGACACCUUUCAACUUGGGAGCUCUAAUUGCAAUGUAUGAACAUAAAAUAUUCACUCAAGGAAUCAUAUGGGAUAUAAAUUCAUAUGAUCAGUGGGGAGUUGAAUUGGGAAAACAAUUGGCUAAAGUCAUUCAUCCUGAACUUCAGUCAUCUGGUCCUGUAUCCAGUCAUGAUUCUUCCACAAAUUCUCUAAUUAAUUUCAUCAAAGAAAAUAAGUAAUUUUAAUAAUGUUAAGAAAAAGCGUAAUUAAACCAAAUAAGUUUUAAAGAAAAUUGCAGAUUGUUUUAAUUACACAUUUUUGUAUAAGAGACUAAUAAACUAGGGUAAAUCAGAAAUUUAGUAUAAAAUAAUUAUGGGAACGAUCAAAUAUUUGUUUAUUCAAAACUGCCAUUAUUGUUUACAGUAUUAAAAUAAUUAAGAUAUUAGAGAAUGAU